AUGGCGUCCGUAUUCCUCGGCGAUCUCAACGACUAUAUCCAGCCGUCGCAGGCCUGUGUGAAUCCACUGUUCACAUCGGACAAGUCGGAGAGCAAUGGCAGCUCCAAUGGUUUGGCCAAAAUUACACUGGAGACAGAGCUCUCGGCCGCGGAUUUUGCGGUUCCGCAGCCUGUCAAGCCCAACAUCAUUCGCACCACAACGCAGGAGAAAGCCACCAUUUCGUUGGACGAUUGUCUCGCCUGCAGUGGCUGCGUCACGUCUGCAGAGACUGUGCUUAUCUCUCAGCAAAGUUUCAAGGAGAUGCUAGACGUGCUGGCCACCAAGGAACACAAGCGUGUGGUGGUCACACUCUCGCCACAGUCGCGCGCAUCGCUGGCCGCACACUUUGAAAUGCCCGUAGUCGCUGUCCACCGUAAACUGGUGACGCUAUUCCGUAACCUCGGUGUAACCCUCGUGAUCGACUCGACAUGCAGUGGAGACUUUGCACUGCUCGAAUCUCGUGCAGAAUUCCUGCACAGAUACCGUAAUCACCAGAAGACUAUCUGGGCUCGACCGCCGUCUUCUGUAGCUGUCUCGUCCGCUAAGACCGAGUUCUUGGAGCCUAGUACAACUGCCAAUCCGCUGCAAGACCCGCUUCGAGCGAUGCCGAUGCUAGCAUCGUCGUGUCCUGGAUGGAUCUGCUAUGCUGAAAAGUCUCAACCGAAUGCCAUUCCGUUCAUUGACACGACGAAAUCGCCGCAACAAAUUGCCGGCUCGAUCAUCAAGCGCUUCGUAAGUGGUGAGCAUGGCGUCAAACCCAGCGAAGUCUACCAUGUCGCAGUGAUGCCGUGCUUUGACAAGAAACUAGAGGCGUCGCGUAAGGAUUUUCAGGACGCAGAGGACGCAACCAAGGACGUGGACUGCGUGCUUGCCACUACAGAGAUCAUCGAGCUGAUCGAGUCGCUGAAUGUUGACUUCGCUUCACUUGAGCUCGCAACUCUGACACCAGAGGAGGUUAUGCUGAGUGGUGUGUCUGAAGACGGCUCCAGUGUCUUAGGCAGCAGUCAGAAUGCCAGUUCAGGCGGCCAUCUUGAGCACAUUUUCCGUUAUGCUGCCAAGGAGCUUUUCAACGUGGAUGUGAACGGACCACUUGAUCGAUCAUGA